AAGCCUUCUCUCGAAGCCUGAGACAUGUCUCGUCGCAAGCCUCCACGAACAGGCUUCUUGGAUCUACAGAUGUUUGUGUGUUUCCUCCGGCGCACUAGGUAACGCAGUCAUGAUGCAUCACAAUAGGAAGUACUCACCACCGCGCUACUGCGCCGUCGGGUCACCGCUAGCCCUGCCUCAGCUGAACCGAUUACCCACUUUUCGGGUGGAAGAAGUUGAGCUGAUGGAGAAGAAUUCACCGAAAGCCAAAUCCAGAAUGCGAAACGCCAAGGUGAAGGCGGUGAGGAGAGCUCCGUCUCCCCAGAGGCCGCGCGUCUUUCCAAACCCCGCGCAAAGCGACGCGCUACUGAAGGUGGCAGAGAACGGGGCAGCCGGACAGCGGUCUAGAAAGAGGGGCUUCAAACCCCCGGAUGUCAGGACGAUAUUCGAACCUUCGGCCAAAGACCCCCGCGUGAAAGAGGAGAAAGGAGAAGGACACACGUUUUGUGAGGACGCGACGUACGCUUGGUGCGAUGUGUGUUGCUCGUAUAUUUUUCACGGUGGCUUGACAUGUACAGGUUGUAAAUACACGUGUCAUGCUCAGUGCCGUGACCAGGUGGCGCUAGACUGUCAUCGGAACGGAUCCAUUAAUGGCUGCCCACUCAGCCCUCUUGCUCAGGACCAUCUUAACAACAAUCAGUCCUCACACAGCGAUGUGGAGAAAGGGAAAGAGCUGCGCACUCAUCUCACUUACGAGGACAUCAGACAGAAGGUCGAGCAGUACAACACAAAGUCACGUGACCACUUUAAAAUGACACUGAAUACUAACGGCAUGUACACAGGUUUCAUCAAGGUGCAGUUGGACCUGCGGAGGCCCAUUACAGUGAAAGGAGGCGGGGCAGGAGGGGUCAAAGGUCAGGAGGCGUUUUACCUUCCGCGUGGCUCCAUAAACACAUUGCAUAUCAGCAGCACCAACACGGUGCGACAGGUGAUCGAAGCGCUGCUGAGAAAGUUCACCGUGGCCGACAACCCCGCCAAGUUCGCCUUGUUCAAACGCUUCAGCAGAGAAGACCAAGUGUACACCUGUAAGCUCUCAGAGGAAGAGCACCCUCUCUUCCUGCGUCUGGUGGCGGGACCCAGUACAGACACACUCAGCUUCGUCCUGAAGGAGCAGCAAACUGGUGAAGUCAUGUGGGACGCCUUUUCCAUCCCCGAACUGCAGAACUUCCUCCGCAUCUUGGAAAAAGAGGAACAGGACCAGAUUUGCUCGAUAACCAGACGCUACAAUGCCUACAGAGAGAAACUGGAGGAGGUCAUGAGAGCGACGGGCGGACCGGGAUAAAGCCAACAUGUUACGAGAAGGAACUGUAGCACUGCUGCCUCUAGUGGUCACUGUGUGUAAUGAACACUUAUUAGGCGUCACCGUGCCAAGCGGACACCCAGUCUCAGAAACUCAGAGGAGAGCACUGAGCUCCCAGAAUGCACCUCAGGUGCCAUAUUUACCCAUCUACCCUCUUUCACACUUUCAGUUGUUUCUCAUGUUCUCUGUUCUUUUACCUCUUGUGAAAGAUGCAAACGUGAAAAUCAGAUCUGUUUUUUUAUUUAAUUGUUGGAUUCUGUGGUUUGUACAUAUUUCGGUUUGUUUUAAUUUAUGUGGGUGAAUUUAUAAUUUUUUUAUUUUUUUUUAUUUUACUAAAAGAGUCAAAUAUACUUGUUGACCAGAAACUGGUGGGAUUUAUUUUAUUUUAUUUUAUUAUAUUUUAGAUGAAAUACAAAAUGACUCAUAGUGUGCCCUACCAAAGAUAGUGUUGAUGUGCUGUUGACAAAAUGAUAACCUGAUGGCCACAUGAGUUCAAACAGACAGGAAGCGCAUGUUUGUGAUAGAGAAGAUUGAAUGUGGUGAUGUAGGGACAGGAAAUGAGGACUAAAGCAAUGUCAUAAACAUUGGUCUCUGAACGGAUGGCUUAAAUGCAAAUAAAAACCUUUUUAAAUCAGAGAAAAGGUAAGCAUGCUUAGGUGAUGUGCUGGAAUUGGAAGAUUCAGGAAGUUGCCGAAGGAGCAUAGAGGAUGUUGGAAAGUAUGCGGGAAGUGUCAUGCAGCGGUUUUGAAACAGAUCUGACUGAUGUCGGUCGGGGUCAGAUGGUCUUAUUCAGUGAAUUAUGGGUCGUGAUGGCCUCUAGUUUAAGCAGAUAUUUGCUGUUCACCUUUCGUCAUCAACCCUGGAAAAUGCGUUAGAGAAUAUCUUCAAGAUAAACGACUGAAUAUACAAGUAAUGAAGAUUGUUUGUUUUGAAGCUACAGCCUGAAAAUAGUAGAUUUAAGCUAGUUUUUUUGGUGAAUAUAAUGUAUAAUCACACUGAUCUGAUUUACUGUACCAAAAGUAAAUUUCACGUGCAUUUCUGCAUUGUAUGGAGAUGUAGCUGAAACUGUUACUGUUGUGAGGUACAGUAAAAUAAAUGCAGACAGUGCUUCUUUGUCACAGCACACAAGGUGGACAUUAAUGACGGUGUUUGAAAUGAUACUUGUGUAUCAGUAGAUGAUUUAAUAUGUAUACACAUUUAUAUUUCUGUGUGCUAGUGCUGCAUGACGGUUUUCUGAUUGGUACUGCAACAUUAUUGUCUAUUGUGACACAUGCAUAGCGAGGUAGCUGCACCUUGUGGUCAACCACUGUAACUACAUCUCUGCAGUCUUAUGUCUCACCUGUGUCAGUUCAUUCGAGUAUUUUAGACACAGAUUGUGUGCUUUUUAAAGAUUUAUUUCUUUAUUAUUAUUGGUUUUAUAACCUCUAACCAAAGAUCUAGAUAAAAUGCAUAGUUUAAUUUAAGUUUGAUGUAAAUUGCCUGGUGCAAUCAGUUUUACACCGCAAUAAACUGAGGUUAAAUUACAGUAUCUAUCUUGUCUGGUGGUUUUACCAUGGCAACUUUAAUUGUAAACACUGGGGUGAAUAUAAAUUAGAGUAAUUAGUGUAAUUGUUGUGUGAAUAUAACGUCACGACAGUCUCAAUAUAUGCAACCGAAGAGGAUUUUGCAGGGGAAUAAAACCAGUAAUCUAUAAAUGAUUUUUGGGCACUUUAUGUUUUAAUUCAGGGAAUUAUUUUUGUUUUAUUAGUCUUCAUCAGAUGCAUAUCGUCUUCCACUGUUUUAAAACGGCAUUGCAUCUAGUGGAAGCUCAGUUGUUUUAUGGAAGUGUUUUUUUUUUUUUUUUUUUGAAUC